CUUCCCAGAAUACUUCUCAUUCACCAUGUCUCCUAACGUUAUUUUGCACUGGUAUCCUGAAUCACCCUUUGCUCAAAAGAUUGCAUGGGCUCUCAACUACAAGAAGGUUGACUACAAGACAGUCUUGAUCAACAUGAUCGAGCCUCGUCCUCUUCGCAGACCGCUCGAUGGUGGCUACCGUAAAACUCCAAUUCUCCAAAUCGAUAACCACAUCUUUUGCGAUACAAAGGUUAUUAUUGCUGAACUCGAGAAAAGAUAUCCUGAACCCUCACUUUACCCCGCUACCCGAUCGGGACAGGCCACCGAAGCUCUUUGCAAGGCCUUUAGCCAAUGGACAGACAACACGCUCUUUUUCUCCGUCGUCCCUCAGUUCCUUUCCAUGGGAAUUCCUGAUGUUAUUGUAAAGGACCGGUCUGCUUACAGCGGAACCAAAAUUGAUGUAGACCAAAUUUCUGCUAUUGCUCCCUUUUUGAAACUCGAGCUCCAGGCUCAAUUCGAGGUUGCCGAGCAACUGCUUUUGGAGAACGACCAAGGUAGCAAAGAAUGGGUUCUGGACACCCAGCUUCCUUCAAUGGCAGAUUUCCAUUUGGCUACCGACACUGCGUUUGCGGGAGGACUUGUUGGCGAGUCUUGGUUGAAGAAAAACUUCCCCACCCUUUCGGCACACAAGACCCGUGUUCUCAAGGUCGGAGGUUACGAGAAGACCGAAGACAUGCCAAGGAUUUCUGCAGAAGAGGCACUUGAAAUUGCCAAGAAGGAAAGUUUGGAGUUUGUGGGAGAAGUCAAGUCAACUGGAACUCCUUUGAAGGCUGGUGUACUUGUGUCUGUUACUCCCUUGGACAACGGCAAGAUUCCUGUGGUUGGAUCACUUGUGCAUUUGACAAGCCAGGAAGUUGUUUUGAAACAUAUCGAUCGGGAAUCAUCUCUAGAAGUUUUUAUUCACUUCCCUAUUAUUGGCUUUGCGAUUGUUCCUGUCCCAGCCAAUCUUUAAAUAAACAAAGUAGUAAUGCUACGUAAAAUAGAUAAUUCGUUGAU